UUUCCGUGCCUCCUUAAUAUCCUCACAGCACCUCAAUUCUACUACAAUGGAUUGCAUUCCGUCGUCAUCAUAUAUCUCGAUCGCUAGUGUCGAGAUGGUCUUCGGUCGGUUCACCCACGCGCGUGCGGCGACCAUCUGGAUGCGAAUCAGGAGAUUUAGUGGGCCCACGCCAGGUGCCCACCUCGAAGCAGAAGAAUUGCACGGACUGCCGGCUCUUAACACACUCGGAAUCAGCAGCCCGUUUGAGAUUCCCCAAUUCACAGAUUACAAGACCCCCGAGAGUAUGCGGUCAGCAAACACGUAUGUUGGCAGCAUCCGCAUUGUAGAUGUUAUUGGCACAGUGUCAGUUGCACAUCUCUCGGCGACAUCUGGGUACCGCCUGGCCAAACCUCGGCUUUCCGACAGAUACCGGCGCAGCGACAGCACCCGGCGCCUCCGCACCUUCAACCAAACGAUUAGCCGCAGGCGGCCAGCGCUCCCGUCGUUCGAGAACCCCAGCGAGCCCCACCUCAUUGAUGAGCUCCUGAAGAUCCUCAAUGGCGAUGGGUCCAAGUGA